AUCGGGGUUUAAUUCAAGGUUGCCACGUUUCCAUAGCAACCAUGGAUCCUGUCAACAAAUCCGGAAAAAGGAGACGUGGGAGACGUAAAAAUUGCAAACUUACCCGCAAAGCUCCACCGGACAGAUGCAUGUUUCCAGCUGUUGGGAGCCCGGAGAAGCUGGACGUCAGCGUGAACAGACAGGGCCUGUCAGUGCUCCACGUGGCCUGCCUCUACGGCCAGCUGCCUACCAUUCAGCUCCUGGUGGAGUCCGGGCCGGGGUGGAUCAACAGCAGUGACCUCCAGGGUCGCCGGCCUGUUCACAUGGUCCUGUCCUCCCAGAGCUCACCCAACACCUCCUCGUGCCUCAGAUACCUGCUGGAGCAUGGGGCCGACAUCGAUGUUACCACAGAUUCAGGGAUGACCCCGCUUCACCUGGCUGCCUCUGAAGGCCUCCUCGACUGCACAGAGAUCCUAGUCCAGGCCGGAGCAGAUGUGUCGGCCCGGGACAGCAAUGGACACACUCCUCUGGAUCUGGCACGCAUCUGGUGCUGCAGGAAGGUAGCAAGGUAUCUGAGAAGCUGCGCGUGGCAGGAAGAUAAGAAGAAAGAAAUGCAGGAGAGGAAGCUAGUUCAAGCUCUAUAUUGUGAUCUUGUGGAUAUGGCCAAACUGAAUGAUCUCAGUAAAAAGACACUUAGUGAUGCGAAGAUGACAGAGUGGGCAAACAAGAAAGGUUUUCCUCUCCUAAAGGAUUUCUGCCCCAGAGCCUUGGUUAGCCAGUACCACAGCCAGUGCCUUCCAGCAGAUCAGAGCCGCUCUGAUCCAAAACAUGCCAAGCACCCACCUGAGGGCCCUCAGGAGGACAGGAGCUCCUCCAUCAAGAAACCUAAAGCCUCAUCCUCCAGGCCUUGGACCAUCUUCAUGGGCCUCCAGCCAGAGAAGACCCCUAAAGAGCUGGACCUCCGGGACAGCGUUGCAGUGUGCAGGGACAGCAACAGCAAGAGGUUUCAGUACAUCACCAAGUGGGACAAUACGCCUCGCCCCGCCCCUGACCUGCCCCUGGAUGUCCUCAAGAGAGUGUUGUUCCCCAGAGCCUUCCCUUCCAGGAUUGCCUCCCCUUGGCACUUCGAGCCACAGAGCAUUGUGCAGGUCCAGCGGCGAGGAUACCCCCAGGGGCGGAGCACCUCCCCCUGGACAGAGGUGGCCAUGCACCUGGCUGAGGUGCUGGAGCCUGGACACUACUGAUCCUUCCACUCUGUACUGGAAGAGUCUCAGCUAGACCUGAAACUAGUAGAUGUGUUUAAAAAAAUGUAUUAAAACCCAUCAGGUAGUGAAACAUUUCUUAUAGUUUUACAUCCCGGCUUGUUGGACAUGGAAAGAAGCCACUUUUAGCUUGACAUCCUGCCACCCCACAACUUCAGCUCAAAGUGACAAAAUUAAAAAUGCCACACACUCCAGACACUGCUCCUCCAAAAGCAGACGGGGGGGGGGAAGGGUGAGGGAAAGGUGAGAAAACCUCACUGAACUGGGUCACCUGUCACAGAUGUAUCCCUGCACUUUCACUGAUCCCCCCCAGGGUAAUGACUGGGGAUCCAGGUGAGGGCUUGUCAACAGCAUGUGUGUAACUGUGAGCUGUGGCCUGUCAGCUAAAGGUGUGUGUAUGUGA